GCUGCCUGUAGGGCAGAGCUUCUUGGGAAAAGACAAUUCUGUCAUGGAGUUGGCAAAAAUAUCAGACAUGACAAAGCUCCACCAGGCUGUGGCUGCUGGGGACUGCAAUUUAGUGAAGAAGAUUCUAAAGAAAGGUCUGUGUGACCCAAACUACAAGGAUGUGGACUGGAAUGACAGGACCCCUCUUCACUGGGCAGCAAUCAAAGGGCAAAUGGAGGUGAUGCAUCUCCUGAUAGAAUAUGGAGCCAGACCCUGCCUGGUGACUGAUGUGGGCUGGACCCCAGCUCACUUUGCUGCGGAGUCAGGCCAUCUGAGUAUACUCAAAACCCUCCAUGCACUGCAUGCUGCCAUUGAUGCUGCUGACUUCUUUGGAGACACUCCGAAGAGGAUUGCACAGAUCUACGGGCAGAAAGCCUGCGUGGCCUUCCUGAAGAAGGCAGAACCAGAAUGCAGAGACCACCGCCAGAAGGGGCUGUUACUGGAUGAGCGAGACCCAGACUGGGACUUCAAGAAAAGGGAACUGGAGCUGUCUCUUCCUACCCCAAACCAAAACACCAACAAAAAGAGUAAGAGAAGUCGAGGCCCCACCAGGCUCAGCCAUAGCAAGGCCUGGAGGGUGUGA